AUGGGGCGUUACGACAUGCCUGCUUGCAUCGACCACGUUCUGGACGCCACCGGUGCUACCAAGCUAAACAUAGUGGCCUUUUCCCAAGGAUUCCUCGCAAACCUCAUUCUUCAUUCAGUCAGGCCCGAGUACAGCGAGAAGGUCAACCUUCUCGUAGGCUACGGUCCUGUCGCCAAUAUCACUCACAUUGAGCCUCCGUUUGGUUGGGUAGUGCCGAUUAUUCCGAUACUUGAGGUUCUUUUGUACCCGAUCACCGAGGCCGGCUUUCUGGGUUUGUCAUCAGGACUGCGGGAGCUUAUUUCGGCAGCAUGCAAUACAAUCGCUAAGACCUUCUGUGUCGCUUCCUUCACGCUAACCGCAUUUGCCAGUCCGGAACAAUUCAACGAGGCUUUCUUGGAAGGCCCCGAAGAGGCCGACGACGAGGACCGCACCGGCCGACCAUCGACAACAACCACGGCUGACAAUGUGACGCGAGACACGCCACCGCCGUACCCGUUGGAGCGCAUAAGAUUGCCAAUCGCUUUGUUCCCGGCACCAGGAGACACGGUGGCGACCCCAGCCGACAUCUCAGACCUGGUUGACAGGCUCGGCGAAAACGUCGUCUUCGAGCACGUGGUUCCAGUGCCCACUUUCCGCCACCUGGAUUUCGCCACCGGUUAUAGGGCGAACGACAUCCUACACAACGUCGCCAUUGAGCUUAUGAGGAAAUACGCCGUUGAAGGUCGUUAA